CUACGGAAAUUGUAUUUAAGGAAAGAACAAUUGAAGUGACUGCCGCGAGCCAUUCCUUGCAAGUUUCGAUGUUCUUACUGUGUCUUCCUCAAUCUCUGAAGGUCUGUUCGUCUCCAAUCCUCAGUGAAGGUGAUCAUUAACCGGCGAUGAUACUUCCGUCUGUCCGUCGCUUAUUUGCCAAAUCUCGUUUCCCACUGAGUCGCCAUGUUCCUUCUUCAUCAUUUUCGGCGAUUCAAGCUUUUGAUCCUCCUCCUGUCGUUCAUACUCGAAGAGUGGUCGUUACUGGUUUAGGAAUGGUGACUCCACUUGGUUGCGGCGUGAAAUCUACUUGGACGCGCCUAAUAGAAGGGGGAUGUGGGAUUAUAAAAUUAACCCCAGAAGAUCUCCAAAUUAAUGCUUUUGAUCCAGAAACUCAGUUGCACAUAUAUGACCAAUUGACAUCAAAAGUUGCUGCUGUGGUCCCUCGUGGAACAAAGCCUGGUGAAUUUAACGAAGAAUUGUGGCUUAAUUCUAAGGAGCAUCGCUCAAUUUCAAGGUUUAUAGGCUAUGCUUUAUGUGCUGCCGAUGAAGCCUUAAAAGAUGCGAAUUGGAUGCCAUCUUUGCAGGAACAGAAGGAAAAGACAGGAGUCUCUAUUGGUGGUGGAAUAGGAAGCAUCAGUGAUGUGCUAGAUGCAGCACAACUAAUUUGUGAUAAGAAGCUACGUCGCCUUAGUCCAUUUUUCAUUCCGCGAAUACUAAUCAACAUGGCCUCAGGUCACGUGAGCAUGAAAUAUGGAUUUCAGGGACCAAACCAUGCUGCCGUGACAGCUUGUGCAACUGGAGCACACUCAAUUGGCGAUGCUGUUCGGAUGAUUCAGUUUGGAGAUUCUGAUGUUAUGGUGGCUGGAGGCACAGAGUCCAGCAUUGAUGCUUUAUCAAUAGCAGGAUUUUGCAGGUCGAGGGCUUUAUGUACAAAAUACAAUUCAGCUCCACAAGAAGCUUCUCGCCCUUUUGACUCUGGUCGAGAUGGGUUUGUUAUAGGGGAAGGUUCUGGCGUCAUGGUGCUGGAGGAACUUGAUCAUGCUUUAAAACGUGGAGCUAGAAUAUAUGCAGAAGUUCGUGGCUAUGGGACUUCAGGCGAUGCUCAUCACAUUACUCAACCACACGCCAGCGGAAGAGGUGCAGCCCUCGCCAUGACACGUGCUUUAAAACAGUCUGGAUUUCAUCCCUGCCAAGUAGAUUACCUAAAUGCACAUGCUACAUCUACACCCUUGGGUGAUACAGUGGAAGCCACUGCUAUAAAAUCUGUAUUCGCUGACCAUGCACUAUCAGGUGCUUUGGCCUUUUCAUCCACAAAGGGUGCAGUCGGUCAUCUUCUUGGAGCAGCUGGUGCUGUUGAGGCAAUUUUCUCUGUUUUGGCCAUACACACUGGUGUAGCACCACCCUCUCUUAAUCUGAAGGAACCAGACCCCAUAUUUAAUGACAACUUCAUGCCUUUAACCUCUUCGAAACAGAUGCCAAUUCGAAUAGCUUUGUCGAAUUCCUUUGGCUUUGGAGGCACAAAUGCAUCCCUACUUUUCGCUUCUGCUGAGUAGAACAGACUGAUUACUCCAAAUGGAUCUCGUUCGUUGAAGAAACUGGUAAGUUAUUUAGUCCAAGUUGUAAGUUGUUGUGGAGAUUCCAUUUUACACCAUUUUUGAGUCAUUGUCUAUUUAUUGUCUAUUUAUUGUGACAAAGAUGCGAUGAUAGGCUACAUGUUAGAAGAGGAUAUUGAGUAUUUAGAAUUCCAUUUUGUC